AUGCAGGGUCUACUUUUGCUCCUUCUGGGAGCUCACUUGUCGCGGGUUUCGGCUCAGCCAUUCUCUACACCCACCACUAUCGAGUUGGCCCCGCAGACUACUCAGCUUGCCUUUCCUCCUAUGGUGGCCGAUGUCGACGGAACAGUACAGAUCCUUGAAAUUCGCGAUAAGAGGGAGCUUCUAGGUGCGAUCUUCGCUCGUGAUACCACCACCACUUCCGAGUCCACCACCUCCACCACAUCUACAACAUCAUCCACUUCAACUACAUCCACAACAUCGAGCACGACGAGCUCAACGACAUCCACUACGAGCUCGACAACCUCGACAACCUCAAGCACUACCUCGAGUACCACAACUUCGGAUUCUACUACAACAUCCACCACGUCUUCUGCCACUUCCUCGUCAACUACAUCCUCGACCACAACCACCAGCACCUCCUCCACUACCACAAGCACCGCAACUGCAACCAGCACCGUCAGUGCCGCACAGGCAAAGAAGAACCACAGGGGGGUGAUCAAUGCUAUCAUCUUUGUCUGCGUCAUGUUCUCCGUGUUCGCCGGUGUCUCCAUUAUCCACUGCGCCGGAGAGCGAGCAAAAUCAAAGCGCAUCGCUGCCCGUCAACUUCUGAAAGCGACGGCUGUUGUUCCUGCGCCACUCGAAACUAUGAAGAAUGAGUCCAGCACCAAUCUGCUCGGCGAUAGAUCAUCUGUGAUCUUCAGAGAUAACCCUCAAUCCGAGUCACGACCCAUGACGGCCCGAACUCCCUCUCCCAUUCACGAAAUGGAGAAUCGAAUUGAAAAUCACUGA